ACAACAUUUUCCCUUUUAUUGCGGGGGCCAUUACGUAAAAAUCACGUGUCCUAUUUUAUAUGUCAAAGCGCGAGACAUGGUCAAAAAUCAAUGCCUUUCUGGCUCUGAAUCAAGGGUGAAUAAUAUCCAAGUGACAUCACAUUAAUCGCCAAACACAGUUUUUAAAGAAUGUUUUAAUAUCAAUUAUGAGCGCCAGGCAGAGGCGAAACAGCGGAGGACGCUCGACGGAACAUCUAAGCCCAAUACCUGAGCAAUCAUCUGUGAGUGGCGACCAGUCGAGGUCAACCAGGUCACUGCGAAGCGAUGCAAGGUCAUCUCGUAGUCAUUCCCGAUCUUCUGUUGUAGAUUCAAGAACUCCUCGAGACGAAAUGAGUGAAAUGACAGCGGUAGAUCCCGACAGAGCAAAUGACGAGUUACACGAAAAAACGAAGGAAGCCCUUGGUAGUUUAAUUGUUCGAAAAGACGAGCUAGAAUCGAAUGGCAUCGAAACAGAAAUGAUGUAUAAGGAAUUGAUGAAUUGUGUCUCUCCAUGGCGCCGAAAGAAGCUUCAGCAAGAGGCGAAUCAAUCACAAGCUGCAUUAGAAGAUGCAUUGAGGAACGCCGACGAACUAAUGAAACAAGCGAAGGGUGCAUUCGAGGCGUACCAGACCAUGCAGGAUCCCAAACGGAAAGAAGCAGCAGCUGGUGACCUUUUUUGGAAAGCAAAGGUCAUGCACAAAACACUUACGGCCUGUGUUCAAGUCGCCUGUAAUGCAGAAAGUGCUCGAGACCAACUUGCGUGGGCAGACAAAAUGGGAAAGAUAAUGAAUUCAAUGAUGGCCAUAUUCAGGAUUAUGGAUGAAUUAAAACAAAAUCUAUCGAAAGAAAGGGCUCUGACGAGGACGCUGACGUCGGUGAUGCAGAAGCACGGCCACGGCGACGUGUUCGACGUCAAGGCCAUGGAAGGCUGCGGCGACGAGGCGGACAUUGCGCUGCUGCUGGCGCGCGCCAACAUGGGCGCCCGCCGGCCGGCGCCCCCCGCUCUCAGCUCGCGGCUGGUGGCCGCUCUGCAGAGCCACCGGGGCGCCCUGCUGGCCGCCGGCGCCCCGCUGCUCGUGUGGGCGCUGUGGGCGGCUCUGGCACCCGAGCUGGGCGUCUGGGACGUGGCGCAGGCCGUGGGCCAGGCGCCCAGCGCCGUGCUGACGGCGCUCGGCCUGGCGCGCGAGGAGCCCGGCCUGCUGGAGACGGCGGAGCUGUGGCUGGCCAGCCUGGUGACGGGCCUCCUCUGCUGGCUGCCCGGCAUCUGCAGCAGCGGCGAGCCCGUCUCGGCCGGAUCGCUGUGGGCCGUCGCCAACAAGCUCAGCCCAUUCUGACACGGAGAAAACGCACGUCGCUCUCCAAAUUGACGAAGUCUUGUGUAGCUGAUUAUUUUUUGUCCGGUCGAAUAAAUUCAGAGUUAAAUUGUAUAGACUAUCCUGAUAAUACAUGUCUUUAUUCCGUG